CCUCAUCCGUCAUCGCUCUCGGGUACCUCUAGCUCAGAAUGGAGAAUGUUCGAUCGAUACCAGUGCCAAAAAUCGUCGAAGAGCUGCUCAACACGCGCAAACCAACCCGAAUCGCGGUCUUCGUCCGCGCUAAAUCGCCUUUAUAUCCCCUUCUACCCGACCAGGUCGUCAGAACCGCAUGCUCUACCCUCGGUGUUUCCGCUGGUGACAGCCACCCAACGCCUCUGGUCGUCGAAAAAUGGGACAGACUGGAUGUCCUCGCCUUCGACGUCUUCCAUGCCGCCUACAACCCGUCUACCGCACACCACGAAGCCAGCUUGCCCGUCGUACUCGUCGACUACGGCAAGCGAUACUCGGUAGUCAAAGCAGCAGGGCCCGACUUCCAGAAGGAAGUCAACGUCGCUGUCGCAAGGGAGCAUAACCUGAAUGGGUGGGACGCAAGGCCGCCCUACGUUGUCGAUCACACCGGGACGAAAGUCCCAACGUACCCCAAUCCCCGGGAUCUGAUUACAUUGCGGUCGAAGUCGGCAGUGCAGUCUCCUUGACUGGAGUCAGGGCAUGUCGCCUCGACGGUUACCUUGACGCCCCCUGUUAAGAGAUCGCUGCACCCCCAUAUAA